CUGAGGCAACAUGGGGUCAGCCACCAGAGAAAUAAACCAAAAUGAAAAAUUGCAGCACAAAAGUGAUGAUGAAAAAACUCCUUUUACCAAAGGAGAAGCCAGUGGAAAUGGUAUACAAGUAAUGAAGAAUGGCAUGGAAAAUUGUCAAGACCACUCAAUUUCUCUGAAAGAUAAAAAAGGAAGUAUACUAACCAAACUCAAAAGUAAUGCCAUAUACAGAGAAAAAUACCUUAUUUCACUAGGAAUCACAUGGAGCUUUUUUGUUUUGGGUUGGGCAUAUGGUCAGUUUGGUCCAUCUAUUCUGGACUUACGGAUCAUCACAAAUGCAUCACUGAAGGAAUCCUCUGGUUUCAUGACUGGUCAUUCUGUGGGAUACCUUGUAGGUUCCAUAAUAUCAGGACUGAUUUUUGACAAAAUGAAGGAAAAGACUUAUUGUGUAUCCUCUUCUACUUUAGCAUUGGCUGUCAUUAUUGUUUUGAUACCAUGGUGUUCUAUUUAUGAACUGAUGAUUGGCAUUCACGUGUUAAAAGGAAUGGCUGGGGGAGGACUAGACACAACUGGUAAUGCCCUUUUAAUAAGUCUGUGGAGAGCUGAUGGUAAAUCGUUUUUCCAGAGUAUACAUUUUGCCUAUGCUAUUGGGGGAGCAAUUUCACCAUUUGUAACGGCCCCAUUUUUGGCACCAGAUAGAAAUAACACUCAACACCAGAGAAAUGUCUUACAAAAUGCUAGUGUAAUUUCCAACCCUGGUGUAGGCAAUUCGACAGACUGGGGGUUUUCAGACUUGUCCGAGACGGAAUCCAGACUGUUUAUUCCUUUCUCCAUAACAGCUUUUCUUGCAAUCACAGCAACUGUCCCUUUAUAUAUUCUUGCUUGCACAUCGAAAAGACCAAAAAACAUGAUAAAGCAGAAGCCUGAAAAUGAAGAUGAAAACAAAGAGAGAAAUAUAGAGAAAUUAUCAAGAGGAAUGAAGGUGCUAAUGCUGGUCAUCAUCAUGCUCUUCAUGGGCCUUUAUUGUGCCAUGGAAGAUGGGUUUAAUAAUUUUCUUGCUACUUUUUGUGUCAGUGAGUUAAAGUGGACCAAAUACAUAGCCUCUGUAGUAACUGCCGUAUUUUGGGCGAGUUUCACAGCUGGACGAUUUCUUGGCAUAUUCCUGGCCCACAGCUUUAAAACUGUAAGAAUGAUUAUCUUUCUCAGCAUAUUUCUACUCCUGGGAUUUCUGGGAUUUUUCCUGACUGCUCAGUUCAAGUUUUAUGAAGGGAUUUGGAUUUCUACAGGACUUAUAGGAUUUUCGAUGUCCAUCAUUUUCCCGUCUAUUUUCUCGUGGACCGAGGAAUCUAUUCUCCCAGUCACAGGAUUUAUAGCUUCUUUGUUUCUUAUUGCAUCUUCUGCAGGGUCAACGAUAAAUCCUAUUAUUAUAGGAUUUUUGAUGGACAAUUCCACUCCUAUGUGGUUCACUUAUAUUAUGUUAGGGGAGUCUGCCAUAAUGUUGAUAGUGUUUUUCUUGGCAUGGAUAUUUGCCAACAGAAUCAAACUAGCCAAGAACACAUUCAAAGAAGUCAAAAUCGAAAUUCAUUCAGAAGAUCAUGAACACAUUGAGUGCAGGAGUAUUAUUGCUGAAAGUGAACGCAAAUAAAACUUUUUUUUUUGAAAACGGAAUCUACUAUCUGAAAAUUUCACUCGAUCCUUAAUUUAACAAAUUUUAUUCCCAUCAGGUAUUUAGAUUAAGGAGACCAAAUUCACAUAGCACUACAAUUUAAUUUCCUGAGGGAGUUUGGUUUUUAAUUCACCUGAGCCAAUGUUUCUUGUGAGCUUUUCUGAUGGAAAUUUUUCUUUUGUAUGUUGUCUUUGUUGUCGUAAACUUUUCACAAUUUUGUCUUCUUCUCAAGAACUACUAGGCUCAUUCCAUCCAGUUUUCUCAUUAAGUAUCCUCGGGUGAAAGGAAUUUAGAUUAUUCAAUAGAAGUGCAACAACCUUUUCCAAGGUGAGGGGGAGUAAAUUCAAAAUUAGGAAAAAUUAGGUGGAGUCAAAAUUCUUCUUGAGAACCACUCUCUAACAAAAAAUACGAUAGUAAAUUAUAGUUAACUAUAGUUUACUAUUGUUAACUAUAGUAAAUCAAAGUUUCAAAGUUAUCACUAUAGUACAUCAAAGUUUUAAAAGUUAUC